AUGUCGCCUUUGUUGGAAUCAGACAGCCAGCCCAACCUCUAUGCCAGCCUAGAGCCCACACGGCGGAUGGCGCUCUCACGCGGUAGUGCGAGGCAGAUUGCGGCGCUCUCAGGUAGCUAUGCAGAUUCGUGGAAAGAGAUGAAUCCAACAUGUGAAUACAAGCUUUGGAACGACACGGAGAUCACGGAGCUGGCUCAGUCCAAAUCUCCCGACUUGCUUUGGCCCAUUUGGGAGGGCUUUACGCCCGUUGAAAAGGCGGAUGUUUUUCGAUAUUUGGUCCUCUGGGCCUUCGGAGGUUACUAUGCCGAUGCCGACGUGGAAUGCGCGAGACCCAUCAAGACAUGGGAGGUGCCCGAGGAGACGGACAUGAUUGUAGGCUAUGAGUUCGGGCAUCGCUUCCCGGAGUGGCAGCGAGCAGAGAUCAAGUUUGGCCGCACCGAACAGUUUCAGCAGUGGUUCAUCGUCUCGGCUCCGCAGAAUCCACUUUUGCUUCGGGUGUUGCACAUGAUCCGACGUCGUUUCGCCUGGAAGAUUCAAAGCACACUGGAUCUCACAGGCCCUGGGGUCUUCAGUGAUGCAGUUCAUGAGUUCCUGGAGGACAACUCAGAGGAUGCAGUGCAGAAGGAGAUUGGAUUUCGCCAGUACGGCCUUGGGACGUGGAAACUCUGGGUCUGCGCGGCGGGUCGUGUAAACUCCUCGCCACAGGUGGCCCGGGACGAUCCGGAAGAGGGGAAAGCGCCUCUGAUCAUUCAUCAUUUUCUGGGCAGUUGGAAGACCGACAAGGAUCGCACUCCGGCCGAGCUGGCCAAAAUGGGCAAGUAA